CUUAUUUGGUUAUUUAUUUAUUAUUACAGACAACGAGAAAACGGAAGAAAAUCAGAAAAGAUGGGGAACAAGUUUAUGUACGAAAGAAGGUCGAUUAAGAAGAACGCGGACCCUCUUGAUUUUCACACCAUGAUUUCUUCAUCUCUCUCCUCUUCUGAUCGUGUUUUCAUAAAGGAAGUCCCAAUGGAGCGCCCGACUCCAUAUGCACGUCCAAAGAGAGUGCGUAAGCCAAAAUAUGAUUCAAGUGAGUGGGAACUUUCUUCACCAAGUUUAUUUACUUGUCGGCAAUCGAGGAGAAUCCCGAACGCCACCUCAGCCCUACGAGGGCGAUUGCAUGAUACCUUGUUUGACCACUGUUUUCGGAACAUAUGGAGGGAAUCUUCCGAAGAGAAAAAGAAUCCAUGCACGUAUCUGAGCUGCUAUUGGUUUUACAUGUACACAAACGACUCGAAUAGAGAAAAGGUGUUGGGCUGGAUUAAGAAACGCGGCAUAUUCUCGAAACGAUACGUCUUUGUUCCCAUUGUUUUGUGGUCUCACUGGUCUCUCUUGAUCUUUUGCAACUUCGGCGGAAGCUCUCCUUGCAUGCUGUUGCUCGACUCGUUACAUACAUUGGGCCCUUUACGACUUGAAACUCUAAUAAGAAGGCUUGUUUUGGACAUAUAUGAAACAGAGGAUAGACCCGAAGACCGCAAUUUUGUAGAAAAGAUUCCUCUAUUAGUUCCUAAGGUCCCACAGCAGAGGAACGGCAACGAAUGUGGUGUUUUUGUUCUGUACUACAUUAAUUUAUUCUUAGAGAGUGCGCCUCAAAGUUUUAGCAUUUCGAGUGGCUACCCUUAUUUUAUGAAAGAGGAUUGGUUCACUGAGGAAGAAUUGGAGAGAUUUUACGACAGAUUGGAGUUUCUUGGCAUUGAAUCUAGCGAUUCUGAAUAGUGACUAUAUACAUUGGAUUGUUCGUGUAGGUUUUUAGUAAAUCGAAAGAAUUAUCGAAUGGAAACUCGAUACAUAGGGACAUAAAAAUUCUGGAAAUUUUAUACAUAGGGAGAUACCAAGAACUUUGUUGUAUUCAGGUGUUGUACACUUUUUUUCGAGAGUUCAAAUGGGAAACAAUCUUUAUAGACUUCUUCGGCCUUGUUUGA